AUGGUUUCCCAACGUCAGGACACGGUAAUCAAGAAUUCUUUCGGGGCCGCAGGAAAUAGUACUAAAGCAGCGUCGGCGACGUCCUCGUCCUCCAGCCGCCCGACGACCGCCAGCGCGAUCUCUUCCCUGGCCGCACCCGGCAUGCGGGUCCGGGUUUUUCCCUACCAGGCCCAGGACCUGGCGCAGGUCCCGGGGGUGAACGAAAACGAGGAGGCGCCCUUUUUCGUAUCAAAUGCAAAAAUGUCUGGGUCUGGAAGAGUCACCAGGGUUUGCCAUGCACAUUUUGCAGGACCCGUGAGGUCUGUGAUGCAGGUCCUAGCAUCACAAUUUUGUUGAGGGCCUCUUGAUGCUUAUCACGCAUGAGAAAUGCCCUCUCCGCGUGCCAAGGGGACUCUUCUUGCUGCUCAUGCAACACAGAUAUUGUUAGAAUCCGCGGACAGCAUUACAAGCUCCAAUCUUCCAGACCCAGACACUUUUACAUUUGAUAUUUCGGGCUGCUGAGCAAGUCCGCGGACCAGCAGUUCCAGACCGACGCCGCCCCGAACUUUGUGUUCGACGCCCCGCAAACCAAGGCCGCGCAGAACGACCAGUGGCUGGCGCGGCGGGUGGGCAACGAGCUGCACCUGUUCCCGGCUAAGGGAACCUUUUCCUUCCUGAAGCGGGUCCAGACCGACCGGGACCUCCAGACCGCCAUGGACCGCAUGAAGGCCCGCGACAAGCUCCCCGUCCAGGACCGGAAGGAGUGGGAAGCCUCGAGGGCAACCAAGGUAUGGAUUUGCAUAGGUUUUAGUUUACAGUUGCACUAUCUUGUGAACGAAGGAACAACUCAAACUUUCAUCCGCUUCAGUAGAAAUAAACGCAAAGAGGCGACUAGAGAUUGACGACAUUCGACAUGAUCUGUGUGAAAAAAGCGUUUUCCUUAAUCGUAAUCUUAUAUCCUCAGCCCUCGGCCACGACCGAGAUUGAUCUUGCUGGCGCGACCAAGCGGCCGUACGUGCGAACGGGCUGCGAGGAGCUGGACGAGGAGAAUCAGUACCUGCAGUCGUUGGAGGACCCCAGCACCCGGGCGGAGCAGAAGUUCGGCAAGGAGGACCCGCAGUUCCGGAAGAAGCGCAAGCUAAUGGAGGAGCGCAUCCUGGCGCGCAAGCUGGACGCGGCGGGCAGCGUGCCGGAGACCGCGCACGAGGCCAACUUUCUGAAGCACACUGAGGACAACGAGUUUGAUUGGGACGCCGAGGAAAACGACCGGUUUUCGGACGACGAAGGGAACGACGGCGGCGAGGACGAAAACGCGGCCGCGGAACUGCACCCCGGGGACAACACGCUCGCCGACGAGGAAAUGUUCGAAAAGGACGACAAAUACAACGCGGGGGAGGGAAACGGUAUAGAAAAAUCCAGCAGUGCAGCUGCUUUUUAGAUAUUGAUGUUGCAGCAGUACUUGGAUGAAAUACUUCUAAAACAUGUAUGAAAAUGGAAAUGCACAGAACCAAGGGAGUGGUUCUGCCUUUCCCAUCUUAUAGAUAGGCAUACGCAACUGAUGAAAUAAACGACGGGUCGCAUAAUUAGUACCACUUUGCCGAGACGUUUUUGUACACAACCGAAAUGAAAUGUAUGUACGCACCGCAUGUAUGAAUAAUGCUGAUCUUCCUACUUACAGCGGUGACCCGGCUGGAUCAAAUGAUCAAAGAAGAGAAGGACUCGGAGAAGGCGGUCGACCAGGUCGGUGGCAGUGACGGCCCUGUCCGGAAGAUGGACCAGGUGGCAGCGGCUGCUCCGGUAGACAGCAAACCGCUAACGAUCGCGGAGCAGAUCGCCAAGCUCUUCGAGAAGUCGAAUGUCGUUGGCAUUGGCGAGAUCAUGAAGGCCCUGGGCAUCGACGGAAAAACCGCGAAAACCUCUCCCAAAUGGCGACAGACCCUGGACCACUUGAAGGCAAACUACACCGGCUCCAAAAAUGCCAGCGGCGGCUUUGUCUUCAUCAAAAAAACUUCCAAGUGAAGAACUACAUUAUAUUUUCUCCACUGACUCCCCGUUCGACAGGAAACGCCGCGUCUGUGGCAGUCAUUCUCACAAAGAACAGCUUUCAUCCAUCUACUUCGGAGGAGCGUGCGUUCUGGAUCUGCGGGGUCUGGGACAGACAGAGACAUGAUUCCGCUGACGAAGAAGUUAGAAAAAAGACCGGCAGUUUUUUUCGCGGUAGAUGUUCUUGCAGUGUCAUCUCGCAUCGUUUGUAUUUGUAGUGUUGAAAAGGAUCAGGAUGUCAAUUGCCAUUACGUGCUGGCUCUCCUGGCCCGGACGCGGACUGGAGCACUUCGUUCUUAUUUUUUCAAGUAUCGGCAUCAAAAAACUCCCCUCUUCGAUGGGUACGUAAACGC